AUGUCUACAAGACGAAUGGAAAAUUCCAGAAACAACAACAACAACAAAAACAACAACAACAACAGAAACAACAACAAUAAUAAUAAUUAUUAUAAUAGAGAAGAUGUCUUCAAUGAUGAAGAUAACGAUGACGAUGUUAACAAUGAUGGCGAUGAUGACGAAGAAGAAGAUGAUGAGCAUAAAUAUUUCUACCCUACUUCGACUCCUUUGUCAGAGAACUCGCAUAUUUGCAGGGCAAUUGGAAUAAGAUUACACACGGCGGAUGAGAGAUGGAGAACACUGAGCGAGAAACUGCUGCCAAAUCUAACGUCGCUUGAAAAUGACAUCAUAGCAAGGGCUAAAAAUUCUGGUGAGGAGUUGCUGAGACGCUGGUUCCAGACAAUGGGGAAGGCGGCUGACUUGGGGGCUUUGCAAAAGUGUCUGAAGAUGAUGGAUGACUUCAAAGAUGUUGCCGAGUGUUUGGACGAGUUGAGAAAAAACGAAAGAGUGAUUUGGGUCUCACUCUACUUAGGAUCUUCGAAAGAAAAAUUGGGAGAAGAGUCUUUCAGGGUGAAAGGGAAAUACCCAUUGAAGAAGUACGUAUCGAAGUGGCUCCUACAACAUUCUGUUCGCAAGCUCUCACGCUCUGUGUUUCAGUACGAGUUUGUGGAUGCUGAUUUCAAAUGGUCCGAUAUAGCGCAGAGUUAUGUUGGACAAGAUGUUAGGAUAAGACUGCUGGCCUACUUGAAAGAAGUCGGUUAUGAUUAUGAUGAUUAUUAUGAUGAUAUGAUUACGAAUCCAAGUGAAGAAAAAACAUUGGUUCUAAGAGCUAACACCAACAACAACAACACCAACAACAACACCAACAACGAUAAUAACAACAACAAACAAUCUGAAAACGCUGCUAGCAAAACCAAGUCGGACAUUAUAAAACCCAAUGUAACUAAGAAACUAAUCAACUUCAGCACGAGUAGUAGUAGUAGUGGCAAUAGUAGCUACUACAAAAACGACAAAAAAACUUACAGCAGCAACAAAAACAUUUUCGAUAGCAGACUUUCUACAAUAGAUGGCAGUGCGUCAACCCAGCUAUCGGGACUUAGUGUAAGAGAAUCAAGUGAAGAUUACGACAACAACAAUCCCAUUUACGGCUUCAAUUACAGAAGAUCCAACAACAACAACAACAGUCCAGAUCAAGAAAAACCCUUCAACCGCCACGACAGACCUCUUCCUUCAACUCCAAGCAACAACAAAAAUCUGAAUGACUUAAACGAUUUGGGUAACUGUGUUUCGAAUGCUCAUUGCCAUUUUAUGAACAUUAUUUUGGACGAUGACGAGGACGAUAAUAACAAAAGUUAUAGUAAAUUAUAA